CCUCUACAGGCCCCGCCCCAAGCCUCGCUGACGGCCUCCUCUCUGGCCCCGCCCCUUCCUGGCUGAGGCCGCGCCGCUUCCUCCGUAAUUUCCUGUGGGCGUCGAAGGGGAUUUCCCGGCGCGAAGGCUUCAGGCGGGGAAGCUGGACUCAGGACGCAGGCCUCCCUUCACAGCCCCACGUCCACUAAGCAUUAAGGCCGCAGACCUCUCUCUUCCACUGCUGACCUCCUUGCUGCAUUUUCUGCUGGUCACCUUCAGGAGAACUAUGCCAUUUUUGGGUCAGGACUGGAGGUCUCCUGGAUGGAGCUGGAUUAAAACAGAAGAUGGCUGGAAAAGGUGUGAGUCCUGGAGUCAGGAGCUGGAAAGAGAGAAUAACCAGCGGAACUUCGAUCACAGCGUAAUCUUAAAUAGUGACGAUGAAGAAAUAUUCAGUAACGAAGAGCAUGGGUAUGCAUCGAAAAAAAGGAAAAAGGGCCAUUUUAGAAACGACACAAAUACUCAAUGUUUUUAUCGUGAAAAAUGGAUCUAUGUCCAUAAAGAAAGCACAAGAGAACGGCAUGGCUACUGCACUCUGGGAGAAGCUUUCAACCGCCUGGACUUCUCAAGUGCCAUUCAGGACGUCCGCAGGUUCAAUUACGUGGUCAAACUAUUGCAGCUAAUUGCAAAAUCCCAGUUAACUUCAUUGAGUGGUGUGGCACAAAAGAAUUACUUCAACAUUUUGGAUAAAAUCGUUCAAAAGGUGCUCCACGACCAGCAGAACCCGCGCCUCAUCAAAGGGCUCCUGCACGACCUGGGCUCCACGCUGUGCGUGCUCAUCCGAGGGGUCGGCAAGUCCGUGCUGGUCGGCAACAUCAACGUGUGGGUUUGCCGCCUGGAGACCGUGCUCGCCUGGCAGCAGCAGCUCCAGAACCUCCAGAUGCCGCAGCAGGUGGGCCAGAGCCUCACGCUCAGCGACCUUCCCUUACACACGCUGAACAGCAUCUUGUACCGACUGUCAGAUGGCUGGGACAUCGUCACACUCGGCCAAGUGACUCCCGCGCUCCGCAUGCUCAGUGAGGACAGGCGGCUGUGGAAGGCACUGUGCCAGUACCACUUUGCAGAGAAGCAGCUGGGAAAGCUGACGUUUCGUGUUCUAGAACCCCGGUUCCGAACACAGCCCAGAGCAGACGCGCUCGGUUCUUCUCAUCUGUCGGAGGCAUCUCCUCCCCUCAGUUUGCUGACUCCCAGCACGUUUUGCAGACAUUUGAUCCUUUCAGAAAACGGUCAUAUCGAAUGGAAGCUGACGUACUUCGCCCUUCAGAAGUGCUACCCGCCCCGAGAGCAGUACGGGGACACUCUGCACUUCUGUCGGCACUGCAGCAUCCUCUUCUGGAAGGACUGCCGCCUCGCUUUGUUAUUCAAGGACUCGGGACACCCUUGCACGGCCGCCGACCCUGACAGCUGCUUCCUGCCCGUGUCCCCACAGCACUUCAUCGACCUUUUCAAGUUUUAGAGGUGCCUCACCGGCCGCUUCGCUGUCCGAGGGCCGCGUGCCUGCGUCCAUGCAGGAGCUGGUCGUAAGUGUCCUUUGUGACGAGCGUCGACUGGGACAGUGACCGGAGGCUGCCGUGGGGAGAGGACGGACAGAGACGCCGCUCCUGGGCGCCCAUGGGGAGGGACAUGUUGGUGUGUUUUCAUCUUUGAAAGGGGACCUGGCCCAGGGACCCAAACAAAAUCAUUUCAACUUCCUUCUUUAAAAGAUUCCUUUCUUCUAAGCAUAUUAAAAUUUUCAACUUUUAAUAUUUAUAAAUGUGGUUCAAUAGAGAGUCUGGAUUUUUAGCAGCACAUUCUGUGCUGAACUGACACUUAGGGCCAAUAAUAUGCUUCUUAACUGUCAAAUCAUAGUUUCCUGAUUUUGUAGUAAUUGGGGGCGGGGACAGAAAAAUCGAUCCUUGUAAAUACAUUGUGCAGAAUAUUUAUUUUUCUUAAGGUGUAUUUUAACUGCAUGUGGGUUGUGCCCAAGUGACUCCUCUGUGAAUGCAAAACGAACCUAGGGAAAUAUUUGUAUACCCGUCCUGGUGUCGAGCGACUGGGGUGUGAAUUGUGCAGAAUGUCUGUGAACAGCAGAUGUGUGAGUGGUGAGGCUGUGCUCCUGGGGCAGAUGCCCACUGCAGCACUGGGAGGGGACAGGCCACUACUGAACGUGACGAGUCGGGCAGCCUGACCCUUCUGUAUGGAAAUCACCUUUACAGACAAGUAAUAAGUCCCAUUACUGAUUCAACUUCGGCAGUUUUGCAUCUUAGUGAAAAAGGUAGUUGUAGUGAUUCUGAUGUCAUUUAUUUAAACCUUUCAAAGAUUGUUUUAUUUUUUAAAUAAUGGAUGUCCAUUUUAGAAAAUUUUGACAGUAAAAUUGUGUAAAACAAAACGAAAUCACCCAUAAUCCUGCCGCCCACAGGUAACCGCUUGCUGGAAAGCAUGUGACCAGUCACCCCUCAGCAGCUCAGGGGAGAAAUGUCUUGCUCUUGUUUUCACCUUUGAAUGAAGGUCAGGUGACCCAAGCAAAAUCAUUUCUGCUUCCCUUCUUUAAUCUCUUUCUUCUAAGCAUAUUAAAAUUUGCAGUUUUGCACACUUGUGAGUAAAGACUCUGGGUUUUCAGCAGCACGGUCUGUGCUGAACUGACCCCAGUGGCCAAGAAGAGGCUUCUCUGUUGUCCAAUGAGUUUCCCUCUGCAUGUGAAGUAGGGACCCGGGGCCUCUGCCUGUGUCCUGGAUAACAGCAUGUCAUAAAACCGUGAGCAUCUUGGGUGGCAUUUUGAUUGCAUAACCAGCCUUUUUGUCAAGAGUUUGUGGUUUUCAUUGGCCACGUGGUAUCACAGAGAUUGGACUCAGACUCUCAGGUUGUUUCCAAUUUUUGCUGAUAACAAAGUAAAUCUGUGUUCAGCAUCAUUGUAAUAAACGUUUGUGCAUCUGAUUUUCUCCUUAAAAGAGGAGAACCAAGGGAAUAAGUCAAACAAUUUUAAGGAAAUUUCCAGAUUGCUCAUGAAAAUAGAAGUUGUUAUUAUCUUUCUAAGAGAUGAACUGUGUUGGAUAUUACCAUUUCUUUUUCUGUUGGUGCUAUUUUAAUACAUGAGGAAUGGGAUGUGAGGUUCAACAUGUCUUCUGUAUGUUUAUUUACUGACUAUUUGUUUUUGUGUUUUUGUUUUCUUUUUGGUAAAUUACCUCAUGUGUGUUGCCUGUUUUACUUUUGGGGCUUUGGUCUUUUUUUGUAUCGAUUUUUUAAGAGGAUAUUAAUCUCUUGAAGUCGUCAUUCUUUCCCUAAGUAAGAAGAUGGAUAGAGUGAGGGGAGGAAUGCACCUGCCCACUGUCAGCCAACACAUGCACCCAGACCCAGACGGCACUGUGCGACGGAACCGAGCUCCGCUUGUCACAAACGUCAUGUCUGCUAGCCUCCCGCGUGAGCUGCGAGAGACACCUCAGCUGUGUUGUUUCGGGGAUAAAAAUUUCACUUUUGAUAGUUGUUCGAGAAGUUUGCACAGAUGCAAGCAAGUAGCUUUUUACUAUUUACAGAGAAAAUUCUAAUGUCAUGAAAAUUUUUUAACUUAUGGUAAAAUACACAACACUUAUUAUCUGAAGCACUUUUUUCUUUUUCUUUUACAUUUUAUUGGGGAAGGGGAACAGGACUUUAUUGGGGAACAGUGUGUACUUCCAGGCCUUUUUU